CUCCAGGAGCAGCCCAAGAUGCAAACGUCCCUCGUCUGCCUGUGCCUGUGCCUGCUCAGCACAGCCCUCGCCACACCUGUGCCACCGCCGCUGCCUGGGAGAGCUGCUGGGAACUGUGUGGGACAGCACCGGAUACUUCUGAAAGGCUGCAACGCCAAGCAUGGCUUCUACAUUUUCAAAUAUGUCUACUCAUUCUCAACACGGAGAAACCAGACACAAAUAAAGAAAGAAGAGGCUGACCACCAGACUAUCAUCCCCAGCCACCGGCUGGAUGAGGACAAUGCCAGGCGGGAGCCACCGGCUGGGACAGCUGGGACAGCCCCAGAGCACAGUGACAACAGCAGCACUGAAGUCAUCGAGUAUGGGAUUGUCCUCAAGCCUGAAAACCACAGCACCACGGGAAUCAGCAGGGAUGGUCCCAGUGCUCGCCCUGGCUCUGGCACAAGAGCACGUGGCAGCAGUGGUGGCACGGGUCCCACCCCAUCCAGCUCAGAGGGCAGCGGCGAUCUGGAUUUGGUGGUGGAAUUUGAUGGCAGUGCUCCCAUUCCUCCUCAGGGUGAACGCCCCAGUGAGGCUGUGGUCAGGAACAGGUCCAGUGUGAGGAGUGAGGACAAGGAUGACGGUGCCCCCAGGGUGGUUCCAGUGACUGCUGGGAGGGGGAGGGCCCCUACCACCAGAGGGGCAGGGGAUGAGGGCAGCGGGGAGGCCACUGUCUCUGGCCAAGGGCAGCAGGGUGUUAAGCAAGGUACAGGGACAGGAGGCAUCGCUUUGUCCUCUGUCACCGAGAAGAUGGAGGAUGUCCAAGUGGGUGCUGCAGGUGUGGGUGAAUACGCUUACAUCCCCGAUUCAGGCAGUGUCACCGUCACCCGUGGGAGCCUGGGCAGCACAGACACCAGCUUCACCCAGAUCUCUCCAGACAAGGAUGACGAGGUCAACAUCUUCAUUGGGAGGGCCAACAUCCGUGUGGGGGAGCAGGAAACCACCCAGGCUGGUGCCCCAGUGGGGAGCAAGGAUGAUGGCAUCCCGUCUGAUGAUGGCAUCCCGUCUGUGGGAACCAGCAGCCCCCUCUCCAGGCUGGAUGUCACUGCAGCACCCAGUGGUGGCGAAGAUGACAGCAUCCCUGUCCGCAGGCAGCCUGAAAGACUGGCCACCACGGCCACCCCAGCCCAUGGGGACAGCGUCACCAGCAGCCUCAGGGACGGGCGUCUCACUGGAGAGGAUGAGGAAGGUGCCACCACCAUCGGUGCUGAUAGAGGACUGGUAACCCCUGUCCCCUGGAGAGUCACUAGUGGUGGCAUCACCAGCCUCACAGUGGCCAGCAUCCUUGGGAAAGAUGAUGAUGAGGUGAGAGGAGAGGGGCAGAGGUCCAAGGGGAAGCCAGGCCGUGUGACCCCCCGCCAGUGGGGUGACAUGGAGGCCACUGUCACUGUCCCAGCCCAGGGGGCCAGCAUCCGCCCGGCCACUCCCGAGGGGGACGGCAGCACCACACCGGUGACAGCCAGCAGCCACAGGGCAGGCACGGGCACCGUGCUGGGCACAGCGGGGAGCGGGGAACUGGGGACAGCCACCCCCCGUGUGGAGGCACGGCCCGGGUCAGGGAUCAGGGUCCGUCCAGGGGGAGCAGGGCUGGACAAGACACCCGGGACGGACAAAGCACCGUCUCCAAGUGGGAAGCCCAGCAGCGGGGCCCAGACAAGUGUCGGCGGCUAUGAUGGCGGCGCGGGGGGCAGGUCGCAAGCCACCAAAGCAGCGGCCAGCCCCGCUCCUCAGGCAGGGCAGGACACGGGCGGCACGGCAGCAGCAGCAGGGGGCCGGGAGCGGGGCCGGGGCAGCGGGACAGCAGCGCCGGGGGCCAGGCCCCACGGCAGGAGGCAGGGCUCCAUGGCCACGCUGGGCCGCAGCCGGCAGCUGGACCAGGUGAAACGCGCCGACGAGCUCCACGUCCGCGAGCGGGCCUUCUACAGCCUGGGCGGGGCGGGCGGCGGCCCCCACGGGCCCUACCCCGGCCUGGGCAGCGCCGACAGCAGCCAGUCCUCCGAGGGGGACGGGGGCAGCCACAGCGAGAGCGGGCAGACGGGACUGCAGCCCUCGGGGUGGGGGGCCCCCGGGUACCCCCAAGGCCGCUGGAUGUGAGCGCGGCCGGCAUCCACCCCGGCAGGCUCCAGCGGGGAGCUGGGGCUCCCACACGCCGCCUUUCCCCGCUGCGGGCUCUGCUCUUGCCUCGCUGAGGGGCGGGUUGUUUCACGGUGCUUCACAGCCCAGGAGGCAAGAAUCACUGGUUCGUGCGAUCUGCUGUUCAGCCGGGGGAGGCUGCAGCUGGCACAGCAGCAGGAAUGCCCGGGAGCCUGUGCCACACAGCCAGGAACAGCAGCCAUGCUACACGGCAUAGCGUAGCGGUGUUCGUGCACUGAAGCCAAGCAACUAAAGAAGCAGUGAGAAAAAGCCUCUGUCCUC